UGGUGACCCUCAAGGGAAACUCCCCAGAAAUCUGAUCCUCGCAUCCCCUGGAGGCGCUGGUCCUGGCCCCGCUCCUGUGGGGGGUCCUGCUCCCCUCCCAGCAGGAAGCUUUGUUGCUCUGGCGCUUGGGAGCAGCUGAAAUCUGCUCCGUUCUACGCAGAUGUUGUCACGCGCCAGACGUGCCAUUGUGUCCCAGGCCGGGGCAGUGGAGGAAGGCCCCCCGGGACUUGGCUGGCGUGCAGUGUGUUGUCUCCAAGCGGCCUCUCUGCUCUGGCCUCGGCUUUGGCCGAGCGCCUUCUGUUCCCAGGUGGGUUGGGCCUCCAGGCUGCUGUUCCCCAGGGAGCUUCUCCCCCUUUUCAGUCUUCAGUUCUGCCUCGCUGGGCUGGGAGGUGGCCGUGAGGGACUCAGAAGCCCAAGGCUUCUUGCGUGAUGAUGACACGCAUUUCCUGUCUGUGUUUCAGCCCCCCGUGCAAUGGCGCUUUCAGGAGGAAAGGCAGAUGAGCUGUCAGCGGAGUGCCUUUGCGUGGGUCACGAGAGGCUUGCCGGGCAUGCUCCUGACACGGCAGGCAGGGAGUUCAGAGCACCCACCCUGCAGGCCCUUCUGCCCUUCAUUUCAGUAGUUGGCCUGUGUGCAUCGAACCUCGGCCGGGCGCGUCGCUAUUGCCCAGCUGGGAUGUGGUGCUCAGUCUGUUCAGGGCUGAUCACCCGGAGGCGAAGGGCUGGUGUCUGGGCUGCAGCAUCUCUCUGGAAUUGUCAUGCUGCUCAGAGGUCGGACGCGGGGUUUGCCUGGGAUGGUUUGGACAGGGCUGAUCUGGCCUAGACGUGGCCCCUACAGGACCCUGCCAGCCCCACAGCUCUGUGGUUGCUAUGAAUUCAUCACGUUUUGUGCCAGGAUCCUUUCCUGCAGCACACCGUACAGCUCCCUAGAGCCCUUUCAGGUGACUGACAGGAUGCAUUCCCACUCUUCCCCCUUGACAGACCGUUCCACAGACUACAGAGUUCAGUGCUGAGCAGUGUUUCCUGAUCUCCGAUCCCCGGUAAAAGAUCUCGAGGCCCAGUCACUUCUGUUGCUCUUGUUUUUCUCCUGGUGUGGUGACGUUUUUGUCCUGGUAUUGCGGUUCCCAGAACCGAGAUGGCCCUCCCAGGGCCGAGAACCGCAGCGCUGCUCCUCGGACCGUCCAGCUCUUGCUUAGCGCAAAGCUGGGUCUAAACACUUUGUGAAUGCUUGGACAAGGUGAAGCAGCAGAAAGCCCGGCUCUGGGGGCAUUCCCUGUGUUGAGCUUGCAUCUCAAAUGGGGCAGGUCCCUGGUGUCCCUAAGUUUUCCACACUGCUGAAAGCCAGUCCCAAGCAUUGGCCUUGUACCCCGGCCUCUGCACAGGUGCCAGGGACUCUGUGAUGGCCCUGCUUGCAGGGGACACCUCACGUCUCCAGGUUUGGCGUGUGGGAAUGUGGGCAUGGCAGGCUCUGGGACGUCUCUCUGCAAGCACCAGGGAUAAGCCCUGCUGAGAGGUGGAGGGUCAGGCAGGAGAAGGGUGGUGGGCCCUCCAGCGACUAUCACACAAGCUCGCAGUUGGUGCAGUACAAGGACCCAAGGACUACUGUGGCUUUUGUCCAAACGGCUUGCUCUCACUCCUUGGCUCUUCCCAGCCCCCAGCUGAGCCAGUGUGGAAGUGGGGAAGGUAGAUAGCUCAGCUUGAUUAUUUGCAGAUGAAACAGGGCCUUGCUCUGCAUAGCAAGAGAGCCUCCUGCCUUCAAAGGGGUCCCCCACCUUUGGCCUCACAGUGAGCCCAGCUGCGGAGACAUGGAGCAUUGGUGGGGGGUGAGCUAGAAGCAGCAGUCCGCGGAGACCAACAGCUGGAAGCCAAGGGGAAGCCCCUGCAACGUGUCACCGAGACCAGGAGAAGAGCCCGGUGGCCCAGAGGAGGUGGAUGUCCGACAGGACCGUGGAGAAGGAAGCGAAGUUCACAGCCAGCUUGGUUAAGAAAGAAGAUGAAAGUUGCCGGGAUGAGUUGAUGGAGGGGAUGCAGACGGGAGCUCUGGCUGUCGGGGUAGGGGGUGCGAUGGGGGGUUCUGCCUGCUGUCCCCAGGUAACAGCCCAGUGGAGGUGUCUGGUGUUUCUCAGGCCUCUGGGUUUUGCUGGUUGCUGCAUGGGGCCAGGAAGGAACUUUUCCCCCCUCCUGUUGCUGCAUGUGUCAAGGGUUUUUUCCACCCUUCUUGUUAGGUAGGGCUGGACAUGAGUCACUUGGGCCUUGUAGGCAGCACGUGGCAUUGCCUCCAGCAUGGCUUAGCAUUUCCUUCCUAUAGCAACCUGGUUCCUGCACGGGCCACUGUAUUCUGCACGGGCCACUGCUUCUGGUGUCGGUGUCCCCAGGUCUUGUGGGGCGAGUUGUGGUGCUACAGGGCAUCUGGGUGCUGAUGCUAGGGGUUGUGACAGGCGCUUGUCUUUUGCUGCGGAGGGCCCUAGAGUCAAGGUGCCUGGUGCGUGCCCUUAUAGAGGAGAGGCAGGACCCUGCUGCUGUUGGGGGCUCUGGGAGGAUGUGCUCGAUGGCACUGAAGGCCAGGGGAGACGUUAUCGGUAGAACCCCUGAAUCCUGCAAGCUUGCGGCUAGCUCCUUCUCCCCCAGCUCGGGCCUCUGAUGUUCUUGUGAUGCCUUUGCUGAUGAGGGAUGCCCCAGGGGGACUCGCGUGUCGGCCUGUUCCAAGGAGCCAGACCAGUUUGCUCUCAGCCGGAUCCCCGCGGGCUGCUUGGGCACGGCAGAGACUCUUGCUGUAACUCGGGCUGGCUCUUUGCUCUGGAGUAGAGGGUGCUGGCACUGCACCUGGCCUGGGCUGUACUGGAGCCAGACCUCCAGCGAGGACAGGUAGAGGUACAGGUGUCGCACACGGGGCUGCGUGGUGUGGAAAUGGGCUGCUUUGUGCUGACCGGGCUCUGAGGGGUCACAGCUUGUGUGCACAGGAGAAUGGAAACCUCUCCUGCUUCAUGGCAGCCUUAACUCCUGCAGGUGCAUGGAGGGGAUUCCCCAUCACCCCUCUUCCAGCUGCUGUUCCCCUUGCUCCUUCCCCCAGUGCCCAUUCCCUUCCCCGCUGCACAGACCAGACGCAGCAGUGGGGAGGGAAGGUGACCUGGGAAAUUGGGCUUUGGGGCCAGUUGAGCCAUUUGGGUGGGGGUCUGCAUGCUGAUUUGAAGCACCUCAUCAGGCAGGGCUGGACGGACGGCUUGGGCAGGACUGAGAUGGCAGGGCUCGAGGCACUGGGGACUCUGCAGGGGUGUUGAGGACUGGAGUGGUGCCCAGGAGCUGUGGGUCAUGCCCGAGAGGUUACAUGAGGGUCCUGCACGCCGAUCCUUGCUCCUUUGCAGCGUUUUGUCCAAACGGCACGAUGGCAGAGGGGUGCGCUCUGCCUCACCCAGCCUGCCCAGAGCCGUUGGGGGAAUGGCGAUGGGGCUGCCCAGGCUGGCAGUGUCUCGGAGGGGAGCCUGUGGGCAGAGGGCAGCACUGUUUUGAAAAUAUAUAAUUAUAGUUUGCAUUGACUGUUCACCCACUGGCAGUUAAUCUUCUUAAACAAUGCAAUAACAGGGAGAAAAUGUGUUUAAACAGACACGAGAUUACUGGCUUGCUUUGGUUGCUCCUUUGGAUGGGAGAGCCAGUGUCCCGGGCCCUCUGCACAGUCUCCUAGCUUGGCCGGGCUGUGAGUCGGUCGGUCUCCUCAGCGGAGCCCAUUAGGUCCCCACUUGGGUGGAUGUCUUGGGACUGUGGGAAGCGAUGGUGGUGAUUCCAGAGGAAACAUCUUUCUUCUCUCAAAAUCGGGCUGUGAUGUCCCAAUAGUGACAGAGCUGGAGGUGCUGAGGACUUGUGAAGUUCCUCCGGCAGGGCCCAGUCGGACAGCGCAGUCGCCCCACCUCCCGUUUGUCAGCGUGACUGGCUGCGGGGAGGGAGGAGUCCUGGCCUGAGCAGUCACUGCCAGGAUGCAUGCAGAGGAGGCUUAGAGACCCAGCAGCCUGGGGAGGGGCCGUGCAAACACUUGGCUUCCUCCUGGAAGACUUUGAAGCAGCUCCAGGCCUGUUGGGCUGAGCCAGGGCAGGAGGAGGUGUAGAGCGGGAUUCCCUCGACGACAAUGAGCUGCCUUGUUCUCCCAGUUUGCAGAGCGCCUGGAGGAAAGUAAGUGGCCCAGGCGGGAGAUCCCAGGGGUUUCCAGUUACAGCAGGCAGCGGAGGGUGCCUGGCUGGAGGGUCCGGAGUCUACGCUGACACACAGGGAGGAGGGGGCAUGCGAAUUUCUGCCUCUGCCCUCGCUGCUGCUCAAUAGUUCAUUUCCCCUCGCUCCUGCCAGGGGCUGCCAGCUUGUGGUGGAAGCGCUCUGGCAGUUCCCAGCUGCAUCUCUCCUCCUCUGGGCUGCUCUGAACUGUCUGCAGGGAGCACGUGGCUGUCUCAGGCGGCUCGCUGAGUACCCUGGUGCCAGGUGGAACCCCGCUUGGAGAGCGCUGCUUGGACUGGGGCAGCUGCAACCGGGCGAUGAGGAAGACCUCCCUUCCUGUGCUACCCAGCUUGGCUUUGGCUUGCUGAGCACUGGGGGCAGAAAGCUGUAUGUUACCUGGGGAAUUGGAUCCACUUGGGAAGAGACCAAGUAACUUUGCAAUAAUCCCGGCUGGGAGCGUGUCUGUGGAUCCCUCCUGCAUCCCUCUGCUCUCUGACAUGCCGAGGGACGAAACUCAGUGACUUAAUAAUGCACUAAAGCAAGGUCUUGGCAUGAUGCUACCCAGCAGAAGAGGUGCAAAUACCUGGCCCUGCCCUCCCAGCUCUUCUGCUUCCUUAUAAAUUGCUCUGUGGGUGUAGAAUUACCAGGCCCAGCCCAGAGCUGCCGAGGGCUGGCGUGUCUCCGGAGCUGGUAGUGCGACUGUCCGCCUGCUGUGGGAUAGCAACUGCUGGGAGUGCUGUGGGGGCACCAGUGAGACCACGCAGGUGGAAAGAGGCUGCUAAGAGCUGAAUCCCAAUGAACGAAGAUUGUGUUGUCCCUUGCGCAGGCGUCUGCUGAGGGACGGAAGGCGGGAGUUCCUGGCACCGCCGCGUUGCACUUCGCUGCCUAGCACUUUUGCAUGGGUCAGAGUUCCCAGGAAAGACCCCUCAGCUCCUGACUGACGUGGAAGGUCCUGGGUGCCUGAGACAUGAGACUGCCGGAGCGAGGAGGGAAAGUCCCAUAGAGGGACAAGGAUGGAGCAGAGCCCUCUCUUGCGCAUGUGGGUGGCAGAGCCCCAGCCCCCGGCCCACAGACGGCAGCUGUGAAGCAGGUUUGUGGCAUUCAAGCGUUCUGGGACAGUGACCUGUUGCCAGACACUCAGGCAGGGCAGGUGAUGCCCGCUGGGGACUGGAAUCCCUGCAGCGCCCUUCCCUGCCCUCCCGGUCUUUGCCACAGGCCCCUGUGUCAGCCCUCUGAGGUGGUUGGGUACCGCAGCAGCCAUGGCAGAGCACCUGGAGCUGCUGGCGGAGAUGCCGGUGGUGGCCAGGAUGGGCACCCAGGAGCGUCUGAAGCACGCGCAGAAGCGACGGACACAGCAGCUAAAGAAAUGGGCGCAGUUUGAGAAGGAAGCUCAGAGCAAGAAGGCCAAAGCCGAGAGGAGGAGGAAGAGUGGCGUCAGCCGGGAGCAGCGCGUGGUGUUCCCGGACAGUGUCAGGUUGUUGGAGGCGGCAGCUCGCAAUGAUGUGGAGGAAGUGCGGCACGUCCUUCAGAGUGGCGUCAGCCCCAACCUGUGCAACGAAGACGGCCUCACAGCACUGCACCAGUGCUGCAUUGAUGACUACGGGGACGUCGUGAAGCUGCUCCUGGCUGCCGGCGCCAGCGUCAACGCCUGUGACAGUGAGCUCUGGACGCCGCUGCAUGCCGCCGCCACCUGCGGGCACCUGCACCUGGUGGAGCUGCUCGUCCAACAUGGUGCCAACCUGCUGGCAGUCAACGCGGACGGGAACAUGCCGUACGACCUGUGUGAGGACGAGCUGACACUGGACUAUAUCGAGACGGCCAUGGCGGAGCAGGGGAUCACCCAGGAGAAGAUCGAGGAGGCCCGGGCUGCCACGGAGCAGAGCAUGGUGGAGGACAUCCGGAGGCUGCUCAAGGCCGGUGCCGACCUGAACGCCCCCCUCGACCACAGCGCCACGCUGCUGCACAUCGCCUCUGCCAACGGUUACCUGGAGGCUGCUGAGCUGCUUCUGGAGCACAAGGCCAGCAUGAGCGCCAAGGACCACGAUGGCUGGGAGCCUCUCCAUGCUGCUGCUUGCUGGGGGCAGGUCCAGCUGGUGGAGCUGCUGGUGGCCCACGGAGCUGAUCUCAACGGGAAGUCGGUGCUGGAUGAGACGCCACUAGACGUGUGUGGGGACGAGGAGGUGCGCGCCAAGCUCCUGGAGCUGAAGCACAAGCACGACGCCAUCAUGAAGUCUCACGACAAGCACAAGUCGCUGCUGCAGCGUCGGACCUCCAGUGCCGGCAGCCGUGGGAAGGUGGUGCGGCGGGUGAGCGUGACGGAGCGCACCAACCUGUACCGCAAGGAGCACGAGAAGGAGGCCAUUGUGUGGCAGCAGGGCGAGCCGCGGGACAGCGAAGCCGAGCUGGAGGAUGAGGACAAGCAGACGGACACCGAGCUCCAGCGCCACCAGGCCGAUCCCGAGCCGGUGGUGGGGAGUCCGGUGGGGGAGGAACAGCAGAAAACCCGGCUGACCCAGAGGAAUGGAGCCGCUGGCUCCGCAGCCCCGGGCCCCUCCAAGCACCUGUUCUCCAAGCGGCUGGACCGCAGCGUGUCCUAUCAGCUGCCUACCCAGGACGAGUCCACGGGCGACCUGUGCAAGGAGAAAUCCCGCCACACGCUCGCGGACCUCAAGCGCCAGCGGGCAGCUGCCAAGCUCCAGCGGCACCACAGGGACGACCACCCCCUUAGCAAGGACCCUCCUGCACCUGGCUCAGCCGAGGUGCCCCAGGGCAGCCCGAGCCCGGACUUGGAGCAGAACUCAGUGUACUACACAGCAGCCAGCGGGGACCCUCCCCUGCUGAAGCUGACGGCCCCGGUCGAGGACACCCCCGCAGAGAAGAAGCCGUGCUGCAGGCUGAUGUGAGGAACACGAGAGCAGGCAUGAGGGCAUCCUCCUGCCCCCAUGGGCCCCUGGAGCUGCUCCAAGGCAGGUCUCUCCCCUGGCUUCUCUUCCAGGGACUUGUCCCUGCGGGGCUGUGGCUGCCCACAAGGGACUAAGUGACCACCACUGGGGCAGGCCAGGUUGGUGGGAUGCCAUUUACCUUGGUCACUGGCCAUGGGCUGCAUGUCCCACAGCAGUGGCAGCUCAGGCACUGCACAGAGCCCUGCCAUAGGCUUAGAGCUGAGGCAGGCUGUGUCCACACAUGAUGGGAGCCAUUCUGUAACAUGCCAGCCAGAGCUCAAGCCUCCCUCCCUGGCUAAGUUGGGCAGCACCAGGAGGGGUGGAGCGUGCCAGGAGCCCCAUGGGGGCCAGGCACACAGCACUUCGAGGUGAGGGCGUUCCAGUUCACACGCUGGCUGCAGCCCUGUAAGCCACCCCACCAGAGCCCAGGCUGCACCCGAGCGGUUCAGCUUACCUGCAAUGGGUUUAAACCAGCUCAGAGCCCUGUGGAGGCAUGUGCUUGGUUAGCAGCUGGCUCCUAACAGUCAAGAGGCUGGGACCAGCUAAGCCUGGCUGCAGUGCCCUCCCCGGAGGUCUGAGCUACAUCAUAAUAGGAUCCUGGGUUAAAGGGGCUAGUCAGACGGGCCCCGGGAGCAAGUCUCCUGUGGCCCCGUCCCCCGGGAGAUGGCUGUCUUAGUACUGGCACAUCCACACAGGGCCACACUUGCUGAUUCAAGUCAUUGAAAGCAGUUGCAGGCAAAGGAGGUCUGCGUCCCACGGGCUCUCAGCCCUGGGACCCCGGCCCAGCAGAAUGCACCUGCCUGGGGCCAUCCGGCCAGCGCUCCCCUAGUCACAGACCUAGGCAGGGUAAGGGGCCACUGUGGACCGUCCCUUGCCAUCUGCCAUCAGUGCCAGGGUGUCCAGCCUAGGUUCCAGUCCCAGGCUGAGCAAAUUACAGGCUUCAAGCUUCCUCUCCACCUCUUCUAGCUACUGCUGGGGGGGCCUGUCCCCUCCGUGUCCCGUGCAAGGCAGCUGGAAGGAGUGCUUGCUGCAGCCACCCCCACCCACCCAGGCAGGCAGCUUCUCAUGGGGGUUCAGAUCAGUGCCAGGCUCGUGAAGACUGGCCCCGAGCAGCUGAGACCGCUCCUGUGGGCAGGGCCAUUCAUAGCACCCCUGAGGAUGUCGGGCCAGGAGCUGGCUGGCAUUGCUGCCACAGAGCCCCAUCCUGUCCCGGCACAGCUCACCCGUGGAGCCCUGGGCACCACAGAACAGCUGCCACCUAGAAAUGCUCUUACCCCCAUGUCCAUGGCAGGUGGCACCCUAGAGCCCUGUGCCAGGCAGAGGAGGAGUCUGGAGCCCCGGGGGGCUCUAGUGGGCUGUCGCACCUGCCCACCCCCCAUCACCCGGUGUGGUCCCCCAGUGCUCGGCACCGGAGCAGCUGCAGACCCGUCCCUCCUGCUGCAGGUCCCUUCCUUCUAGGUGGAGCAGAAGCCCCCCCAGGAGUGACACUGGUUGUUGGGAUAGAAAGCAUGGGAGGGUGAGGAAGGGGCAUCUCCAUUCUUGCCCUGGUUUGGAAGCUGGGGCAGGGAAAGCUGCCCAAUGCUUGCUGGAGCCGAGUGAGCCCCCCCAGGGCACUUCCAGCGGGCACCCCCUGGGUGCAGCACUCAGGCCCCAGCCCCCUUGUACUGUGCCUGCGCUGCCCCCAUUCCCCCGGCCUCACACAAUGGAUCUUAAACUUGCAAGGUUUCCAUGAAGCCCA